AGCCUAUAGACUCAUACUUGAAGACAAAUUAGUCCUUAACUCGUGAGAUUUCAGGUAGGUUUCAGCCUAUAGACUUGUACCCUGGACAAAAACUACUGACCUCCAUAAAAUAAAAGAACUCCCACGCCAAGAAAUAAAAUAAAACUUCACUGCCAUUGUAGCCCCGCGUAAUUUAUUAAGGGAAGCACCGGAACUUGGUAAAAACUACCAAGUUUAGAACAUUAAUUUGUAUGGUCCAUGAUGACCACCUAGAUCGUUGCUUCAAUUUGAUGUAUGACAAAAUUUUCUGGCAAGUUUAUGUUCCACUCCAUGAAAGCUUUUGUAAGGUCCACCGUUGCAUUUUAUAUUGCGAAGAAGGCGUCCGAGGUUUAGAGAAGAGAACCGGAUUAAAAUGCGGUCAAUAUGGCUUUACCAGUCAAGGGAUGCUGUUAAUAUUCUCAAUUCUCCAAACGUGGGUUGUUUUCUAUCACAUUAUUUCAAGCCAAGGAGUUCCCAAAGGUGUUCUGAAAAUAUUGGUCUUAGGAUUGUCUCAAAUCAGUCAUUCAGAAGGAUAAAUGCUUCAAAUUUGAUUAGACGACGUCACAUAUCACCGGCAGUGGAUCAUUUAUCUCCAGGACAAAGUGAUUUGAGGGUGAAGGUGUUUAUAAUUUCUGAUUUGCAUACAGACUAUCCAGAAAACAUGGCUUGGAUACAAGGACUUUCAACUGUUGCAUACAAAAGAGAUGUUCUUAUAGUUGCAGGAGAUGUGGCUGAAAAGUUUGAAAAUUUUAUUUUAACAAUGACAGCCCUGAAGGAAAGGUUUAUGUAUGUCUUCUUUGUACCAGGAAACCAUGAUGUCUGGUGUCGCAGGAAACAUGAGGCAUAUGGUGACUCUGUGCAAAAACUGAGUGCAUUACUGGAAACAUGCAAUGCCCUUGGUGUGGCUACUGAACCAAAAAUGAUAAAUGGAGUAGGGAUUAUUCCCCUUUUCUCUUGGUAUCAUGAGAGUUUUGACAAAGAGAUCGACAUAACUGGUUUUAAGAUUCCGUCCUUGAAGAUGGCUUGUAAGGACUUUCACGCUUGCAAGUGGCCAUCAACAUUAUCAACUUCCAGUCUCUCUCUCUCUAGAUACUUCAAUGAACUGAACUAUAAGCAUUUUGAUACAAUUCAGGAGAUUAAGGAAACAAGUUCCCAAGUGAUCACCUUCUCUCAUUUUCUUCCUAGGCAAGAACUUUGCCCAGAGAAAAGAAUGUUGUUCUACCCAAAUCUUCCAAAGGUGAUUGGUUCAGAUUUUCUAGAGGUCUGGGUGAGAAAGAUACAUGGACUUAAUGGAAACCAAUCAGCUUGCCAUGUUUUUGGACACACUCAUUUCGGCUGGGACUGUGUGUUGGACGGGAUCAGAUAUAUCCAAGCACCUUUGGCAUAUCCUCGAGAAAGGAAGAGAAGAAUGAACGGAGGUGAAGAUUGGUUACCAUUUUGUAUAUACGACUCUGAGAAUGGGGGUUUGUAUAAUGAAUUGUUACCUAGUUACUGGUCUGAUUACUACCGUACUCAAAAAAGAGAUCCACGGAAUAUAGAACUUGCUCCUUGGGUUGCCAGAUUCUAUAAGAGGAUCAAGUCACACUGAUCUGUAUUUGUAACGCUUUUUGUUUAUCAUUGGCACAAUUUAAAAGGCAAUUUUGAACUGCAA